AUUUACGCUGUACUUUUUGUUUUUGUCUACAAUCGUAAAGUUAUUUCAAACGUAAAACGAAUGAUUAUGAACAAAAUCUCAUUGUUUAAAAGAAAUCACGAAAUUGUUUGGUGCUUACACGUAUCUUGAAGAAUUGUGAUUCGAUUGCAGUCUCAAAUUGCGUUAUUUCGUCGAAUCAGAGGUCACUGUCGUAAAAGUACACAAUUAUAACUUACACGUUGAGAUAAUACGCAAUGGGUAGAAUUUUCCUGGAUCAUAUUGGAGGCUCGAGAUUAUUCUCGUGUGCAUCUUGCGACACAAUUUUAACCAACAGAAGCGAACUAAUCAGCACCAGAUUUACUGGAGCCACUGGUAGAGCGUUUCUGUUUAACAAAGUGGUGAAUCUAAACUAUAGCGAAGUUCAAGAUAGAGUAAUGCUCACUGGAAGGCAUAUGGUGCGUGACGUUUCGUGUAAAAAUUGCGAUACAAAAUUAGGCUGGAUAUAUGAAUUUGCGACCGAAGAAAAUCAACGUUAUAAAGAAGGUCGUGUUAUUCUUGAACGAGCUUUGGUAACCGAAAGCGAUGGUAUUGACGAGCACAUGGGAGACGACUAAUGAAAUAUGUACGUAUAUCGAUAGUGUUAUCUCUUAUCUUUCAUCGCGUGUUUAUUGAUCUUGCAGUGAACUGAACUAAAUUUCAUUGUCAAGAUCGCUAUAGGUGUAAAGAUGUUACUGACCGAUUUUUUGUGUCUCUUUUUCUGUUCUUGUCUGUGCACGUCUAGUAAUUUUGUAAACUAGAUAUUGGUAAAGUACAUUAAGUUCUUUCUAACGGGUAUUAAUUUAUGAUGUAGGCCUAUGUUGAUUUUUAAACGUGUUAACCUGUGUGGAAUAAAGAUUUUUUUCUCAUUUGGAA